CUGACUCCAGAAUCGAGACAAAACACCGAAGCAGCGACGCCCUCGCCCUCUUCAUCCGCCAGCUCUGUCAUAGACAGCGUUAACCAGGACGCACAAUCCCCCGAAAACACAGGACGAGAUCCGGCCUCGGAGGAUAGCGACAGCUCGGUGGGCUCCAUUCCAUCUUAUUUCCCCGACAAUGACACAGUCCCAUUGCAGAGAAAGGGGAGAAAAAGCCUGCUAUUCACCACCAAGAGAGGCAGAGGAGUAGAGAUGGACGCUGCUACUAAGGAGGCUAACACCUUACUCCUGAACGGUAAAGAAGCUCUGGAUCAGGCGACAAAUAUCAAAAAAGAGCUCAAAACAACAGCCCUUGAAAGUAUGCAGGCCGUUUACGAGAUUGUACUAUCCAUCUCUGAUUCCAGAUCAAGACAUAAAAAUAAUCUGGAAAAAGACAGAUCGCGCCACGCGCAGGAGCUUGCGCGACUGGAAAGGGCCCACUCAAAGAGCUUAGAAGAAAUUACCGCCGAAAUGAGGAGUACGAGGGAAACACUAGCCACAAACCUCAAGGAAACAACGAACAUAAGGAAAUGGCUAGAGUUCGAAACACGGGACCCUCACAUACAGAUCAAAGAUAGCCAGACUGACGAACGAGAUAGCCAACAAAGUAACAAAACUCAUUGA